AAUUUCUUCUUCACCACCGUUCUUAUCUAAUGACUUCAUCACUCUCACUUCUCACUCAAAUCCCACUCCCGCCAACAACCGACGGCUCCGUCGGUAUCCGGAGCAUCACUUACCGGAGAUCCGUCGUCUUCCCCACCAAGAAAUGGAGGUGUUCAGUCUCUCCCGGCCAGUCACCACCGCCCAAACACCGGCAGCGUCAGUCCAAGAACCCAGAAUCCGGAGAAAAAGGAAUCGACCCAGUUGGCUUUUUAUCUAAAUCUGGAAUUACCCACAAAGGUUUCGCCCUUUAUCUUCGCGAAAGGUAUAAGUCUCUGAAAGACCUAAAAGAUGAAAUCUUGACGCGCCAUAUUGAUUUCAGAGACAUGGCUUCUGGGUUUGAGUUGUUAGGAAUGCACCGUAACGUGCAACAUCGAGUGGAUUUCAUGGAAUGGGCACCAGGUGCGCGCUACUGUGCAAUUGUUGGGGAUUUCAACGAUUGGUCUCCGACUGAAAAUUGUGCAAGAGAGGGGCAUUACGGGCAUGAUGAUUACGGGUAUUGGUUCGUGAUACUUGAAGAUAAGUUAAGAGACGGUGAAGAACCAGAUGAACUCUAUUUUCAACAGUAUAAUUACGUCGAUGAUUACGAUAAGGGUGAUAGUGGUGUCACUGCUGACGAAGUUUUCCAAAAAGCAAACGAUGAGUAUUGGGAGCCCGGAGAAGAUCGGUUUGUAAAGUCACGCUUUGAAAUUAUUGCUAAAUUAUACGAGCAAAUGUUCGGGCCAAACGGGCCUCAAACGGAAGAGGAGUUAGAAGAAAUGCGAGAGCGUGAGACAGACUAUGAAACGUGGAAGGAAAAACAUAAAGACGAUCCUAACUUUAAUUUGCAUGUGAUUGAUAGUGGAAAGGAGUAUGAUAUCUUUAAUGUUAUUGAUGAUCCCGUUUCAAAGGCUAAGUUCCGGGCUAAAAAGCCUCCUAUUGCUUACUGGUUUGAGACCCGUAAAGGAAGAAAAGCGUGGUUAAAGAAGUAUGCACCUGCUAUUCCUCAUGGAAGCAAGUAUAGAGUGUAUUUUAACACUCCUAACGGGCCCUUAGAACGGAUUCCGGCUUGGGCUACUUAUGUGAAUCCCGAAGCUGAUGGAAACCAAGGAUAUGCAAUCCACUGGGAGCCUCCACCCGAACAUGCAUAUAAAUGGAAACAUAAUAGUCCAAAAGUUCCAAAAUCUUUGCGUAUAUAUGAAGCUCAUAUUGGUAUUAGUGGAUCAGAGCCAAAAAUCGCGUCUUUCAGUGAGUUCACCGAGAAGGUUCUCCCUUAUGUUAAGGAUGCCGGAUACAAUGCAAUACAAUUAAUUGGGGUCGUUGAGCACAAAGAUUAUUUCACAGUUGGUUACAGAGUAACUAAUAUGUUUGCAGUCAGCAGUCGGUAUGGGACACCUGAAGAUUUUAAGCGCUUAGUUGAUGUAGCACAUGGACUCGGAUUGCUUGUCUUCAUGGAUAUCGUUCAUUCUUACUCAGCUGCAGAUGAGAUGGUUGGAUUAUCACUCUUUGAUGGAUCAAACGACUGCUAUUUUCAUACAGGUAAGCGAGGACAACAUAAGUUUUGGGGUACAAGAAUGUUCAAAUACGAAGAUCUUGAUGUUCUCCAUUAUUUGCUCUCCAAUUUAAAUUGGUGGGUAGUUGAGUACCAUGUUGACGGUUUCAAUUUUCAUUCUCUUGCAUCAAUGAUGUAUACACACAACGGGUUUGCGUCAUUUACCGGUGAUAUGGAGGAGUUCUAUAACCAAUACGUUGACCGGUCAGCAAUAUUAUAUCUCAUAUUGGCAAAUGAGAUAUUGCAUACUCUUCAUCCUAAUAUAAUAACCAUUGCAGAAGAUGCCACACUUUAUCCUGGAUUAUGUGAACCUACUUCUCAAGGUGGGCUAGGGUUCGAUUACUUCGUGAACCCGCAUGCUUCUGAAAUGUGGCUGUGGUUUUUAGAGAAUGCUCAAGAUUCUAGUUGGAGCAUGAGCAAGAUUGUUGACACGCUGGCAGGGAUCAACAGAAAUUCCAAUAAAAUGCUUUUAUACACUGAAAACCACAACCAGUCUAUUUCGGGAGGGCGGUCUUUUGCUGAAAUAUUAUAUGGUCAAACCUUGGAGCAAUCACCGGUCAUGAAUGACUUGUUACUUAGAGGUUGUUCUCUGCAUAAGAUGAUCAGAUUAAUUACAUACUCGAUCAGUGGGCGUGCUUACCUAAACUUCAUGGGUAACGAAUUUGGGCAUCCGAAGCGGGUGGAAUUUCCCAUGUCGAGUAACGGGUUUUCCUUCUCACUUGCUAACCGGGAUUGGGAUCUACUUGCUAAAGAAGGGGUCCAUCAAAACUUGCUUUCCUUUGAUAAGGACAUGAUGGACUUGGAAAAAACAGAAAAAGUAAUUUCUAGAUGGCUUCCGAAUAUUCACCAUGUCAACGACACUAAUAUGGUGAUAUCGUAUUUACGAGGCCCAUUUCUCUUUAUUUUCAAUUUUCAUCCCACAAAUUCAUAUGAGAGAUAUAGUGUAGGCGUUGAAGAAGCCGGAGAGUAUCAAGUCAUUCUGAACUCAGAUGAAAAAAAGUAUAGUGGUCAGGGAUCGAUAGGGCAGGAUCAGUACUUUAGGAAAACUAUUAGUAGAAGAGUUGAUGGUAUGCGUAACUGCAUAGAAGUACCAUUGCCGAGUAGAAGCGCUCAGGUUUACAAAUUAACACGAAUUUUGAGAGUAUGAACAUUGCAAGCAGUUGGUAUAUUAUUUCAUUAGGCUUUACUAAACCCGUAAAUUUUGUUCCGUUUUAUGCUGAUGCGGCUAAUGCAAAGGUCCCCAAGGUAAAUUUGUGUCCCGGGUCAUCUUUGUUUGACUUUGAAUGCAAACUUGUAUUUAACGACUAUGUUUUGUAUAUAUAAAUAUAUAUUACAUAUUUUACCGUAUGAUGCAAGCAACAUUCAGUAGGCAUUUAUCAUUGAUCAGUUU